AUGGCAGCACGCACCCUUGGCGCGGCCCUCCGCGCGACCUUGAAGCGCUCGGCCCGGUCGCCCGCCAUGUUGCGACCCAUGCACCUCGUCGCGCGGCCUCUUACAUCGAGCGCCUCGGCGGUGCGCGACUUCUCCUUGAGCAGCCUCCCGCCCAAGGCCAAGAAUGCCACCAGUCCGUCAAUCGAUGUCGACCACAUGCACGCUGCGUACGCCAAGCUACAGAAGCUCUGUGACGACAACGACUUUGCGGGCGUCGUCAAGGAAGUGGCCUCAUACUACCGCCCGCUCGUGCAAUCACUCGAAGGCCACGCCGCGCCGGCGCCGUUCGACCCGGUCAUGACGGCGCGCGUCGAGCAGGAAGCCAUGACGCUGCUCGUCAAGUACCGGCAGCACGAAGCGGCGACGCUGCUGUACGAAAACCUCCAAGACAUGACGGCGGCGUCACCGCUCGUCAAGCCGACGCGGCGCACCAUGUCCUUUCUUCUGGGCAUGCUUAGCUUCCAGCACGCGCACGCGGACGUCGAGGCGGCCAUGGACUUUGCGCUUGGCCACGGUGUGUACCCGACCGAGUCCAUGAACGCGUCGUACUUAAAGGCGCUGAUCUCGACCAAGCAGCUCGACAAAGCGGCGGC